AUGAAUAUGAUCUUUGCUUGUCUAUGUCAAUUGUUUGUUGCAAUCAUUGCUAUUCAAAACGAUGAUUUAUUGCUUAAUGGAUUAGAAUUUCCAUCGUCUAUUUAUAUACCUUUCGAUAAAUCUUAUUUAUUAGAAUGUAAUUCAAAGAAUAUCGUUUAUUGGAAAUUAUAUUUAAAUAAUGGAAAAAUUGAAAUUGUAAAUGAUAAAUUAAUUCGUUUAAAUGAAUUUGAUAGAAAUCGUGAUGGAUUCUAUCAAUGUCAUACAAAUGAUAAGCCAUUAUAUUCACGUAGCGUUUUUAUUUUUUCAAAUGUUUCAAUUAUAGGCGCACGUUCGAUUGAUCGUACUUGGACAAAAUUAACACAAUUUCAUGAAAAUCUAGCAACUUUUUGUCGACCUAUGUAUUUUAAUUAUGGUUUUAAUGAACAAUUUAUUGAAUUAAUUGAUAGUAAACAAACAAUUCGUUAUAAUCGUACAGGUUUAUUUGUUAAACAUAUUCGAAGUACUACACAUCUAUUUUGUAAAUUAUACAUGGAUACAACAUGUGUUGGUAUACGUGUACAAACACUAAUUAAAAAAGAUUUAGGUAGUCCACUUUUAUCAGAUGAAUAUUUAAAAAAUAAUGAUUUUCUUGAAAUGAAUACAAAUGAACGUGAUAUAUAUCGUAUUGCAUUUGAAGGUAUUGAAUAUUUAAUAUUCAUAUUAAAACUUUUAAUAUUAAUUAUAGGUGAUUCUGUCUAUUUUCAUUGUCUAUCAAAUAUGACAUCAUCUAUUCAAUGGAAUUUUCUUUCUGGUAAUUAUUAUUUAAUGAAAACUCUUCCAAUAUUAUAUGAUGAAGAUACUAAAAUUAAUUCAGUAACAAUAGCUGAUGCUGGAAUAUAUAUAUGUCGAACAGAGACAACUAUUUAUCAAAGAAUUGUAUUAACAAUUAUUCAUCCUCCUAAAUCACCAGAUAAUAUUUAUGAGCGUACAUUCAACGUUAAUUUAUAUUCAAAAUAUUUAAUUUGUUGUAAUUUGGAUGCUUUUCCAUAUCCAACAUAUUCAUGGUCAAUGAUCACCGAAUUUCAGAAUACAUCAUUUGUUUGGUGUUCAAAACGUUGUUGUUGGUUACAUAUUAUGUAUAGAAUAUAUCAAAAUAUUAUUUGUACAUCAACGAAUCAAAUUGGAAUGGCGAAAUAUAAUAUUCAUUUGAAUGUAGAAGAUAUAGAUUCGAAGGACACAGUUGUUUAUGAUGAACCAAAACUUUAUAAUCAUGAUCACACCGAUAAUUUUAAUCUUAUUCGAGGAAUAACAGAAAAUCCAAAUAUUAAUCCAACGGUUAUGACUACAAAUGUGAAAACUCAUGCUUCCAAAGAGACAACAAGUAUUACAAAAAAUGAUAAUAAUGAAUCAGGAAAACUUUUUCUAGCUUUAUUAUCAUCUUCAUCAAAUGAUUCUGAUAUUAAUACUUAUGAAAAAUUCGAUUAA